AUGACUCGUAAAACUACACUUAACCACACGUUGAAAUUUAUGCUCGCUUUGUGUGGUAUUUGGCCGGGCGCAUCGUUUGUUCUACCUUGUAGAAUAUUUUGGAUUGUUUCAUUGACAGUUACUUUAUUCUGUCACUACCGUUAUUUUCUGACACAUGUACAUUCUGCCGAAAUAUUGGAUUUAAUGGAUUGUCUGUCCAGUUUCCUAGCAUAUUCUAAAAUUAUUAUUAAGUUCCUUGUGUUUUGGUUAAAUGAGCAAAAAUUCGUCGAAAUUUUGACAGUGAUGGCAGAAGAUUGGAAUGAUUGCUCUAAUAAUGACAUCAGCAUACGUGAGACAACACGCAAAGCAAAAAUAUCGGAUCGCUUUACAAAUGCAAUCAUCACCCUUCAUACAAUGGCAAUUGUUGCAUAUUGCAUUGGUAUUAUCUUAGCUGAUACUGAUGUCUCUGACACUACGAAAGAACUGCCUUUAGUCAACAAGAUAGAAAUUCCUUUCGACAUAAACACUCAAUUUACAUACAGAACUGUUUUAAUCGCGGAAUUUUUACUUAUGAUUCUUUGCGGAUGGGCGGCUGGUAUAACAAACUCUUUAUUAUUAACACUGAUCUUACAUACGGCUGGCCAAAUCGAGAUUAUGCGUCAUUGGUUGAUGCAGCUUGUGCCUCGUAAGAAUGAAGAUAAACAUAAAUCAGUAGCUGCGACUACAAGCAAAAUUAUUCAAAAACACCAAAAAAUCAUCAGUUUUUCAAGAAACAUUGAAAUACUUUAUUCGUAUAUUGCAUUGCUUCAGUUUGUGUCAAACACAAUAAUGAUAUGUUCUAUAGGUUUUGUUAUCGUAACAGCAAUCGGAAGCCCCAACGCGGUUGAACAAAUAAUGAAAUCAAUUCUAUUCUACACUACAACAAAUCUCGAAGCAUUUAUAUUUUGUUAUGCUGGAGAAUAUUUGAAUAACAAGAGUAAAGAAAUUGGUGUCGCGGCGUACAACUGUGAAUGGUACGAUUUAAAAUCUACUGAAAGUCGAAUCUUGUUAUUUAUCAUAUUGAGAUCGCAAAAACAAUUGACACUCACGAUAGGAAAGAUGAUGGAUUUGUCUUUACAAGCUUUUACAAGCGUAAGAUUAUAUGUAAACUUUUAAUCUUUAAAUACGAAAAAAAAGAUAACAAAAAAAAAUCCGCUUAAUCGCACGGCAAAAUUUAUACUCACUUUGAGCGGUGUUUGGCCAGGCGCAUCAUGUGUUUUAUUUUCGAGAAUGUUAUUCAUCGUUUCAGUGAUAAUUAUUCAGUGCUGUCAUUACCGUUAUUUUAUGAUACAUAUGCAUUCGGCCACACUUUGGGAAUUCAUGGACAUCUUGCCUGUCGUUAUGGCACAUUCCAAAAUGCUUUUUAAGUGCCUUGUGUUUUGGUUGAAUCAGCGAAAAUUCAUCGAAGUUUUGACAAUAAUGCAAGAGGAUUGGAGUGAUUGCGCUAAUAACGAUAUCAGCUUGCGUGAGACAGCAAGCAAAGCAAAAAUAUCGGAACGUAUUACAAACUUAAUUCUCAUUCUUCAUACAAUGACAGUUUCUGGCCAUGGUAUUGGUGUCAUUCUGGCCAAUGUCGACGUUACCGAUAACACGACCACAGAGUUACGCUUCUUCACUAAGAUAGAAAUUCCCUUUGAUAUAAAUACGCAACGCACAUAUAGAUGUAUUUUAAUAACAGAAUUCUUUUUCUUGAUGAUGUGGUCCUGGUCAUCUGGUGCAAUAAAUUCUUUGUUAAUAAUUCUAGCAAUCGGCAGCUCCAACGCGUCAGAGCAAUUAGUAAAAUCCUUUUUAUUUUACUUUAUAACGAACCUCGAAGCAUAUAUGUUUUGCUAUGCUGGAGAAUAUUUGAAAAACAAGAGUAAAGAAAUUGGUUUUGCAGCAUACAGUUCUGCAUGGUACGAUAUGAAAUCUAAAGAUAGUCGUAUCCUGUUAUUUGUUAUACUAAGAUCACAAAAGCCACUGACGCUUACAGCUGGAAAAAUGAUGGAACUAUCCUUACAAUCUUUUACAAGCAUUAUGAAUACUUCGGGAUCAUAUUUAUCGGUAUUAUUGGCAAUGUAA